GACUCGACCAUGGACCGCAUCAUCUACUGCCUGCUGGUCCUGGGGACCACGGUGAUGACCACCUACGCAUGUCCCAAGUACUGCGUCUGCCAGAAUCUGUCCGAAUCCCUCGGCACACUGUGUCCAUCCAAAGGCCUUCUUUUCGUGCCCGUGGACAUUGACCGCAGCACGGUGGAGCUCCGACUGGGAGGCAAUUACAUCCUCCGCAUUACGCAGCAGGACUUCGCCAACAUGACGGACCUGGUGGACCUGACCCUCUCCAGGAACACCAUCAGCUACAUUCAGCCCUUCUCUUUCGGCGACUUGGAAACGCUGCGCUCGCUUCACAUGGACAACAACCGCCUGAUCGAGCUCGGCCCCGACGACCUGCGGGGCUUGGUCAACCUGCAGCACCUCAUCGUCAACAACAACCAACUCGGACGCAUCCACGACAGGGCCUUCGAGGACUUGGCACCUUCCUUGGAGGACGUGGACCUCUCCUACAACAACCUGAUGUCUCUGCCCUGGCACUCUGUCCGCCAGAUGGUUAAUUUGCACCAGCUCAGUCUGGACCACAACCUGUUGGACUUUAUUCCAGAGGGCACCUUCGUUGACCUGGAUAGGCUGGCGAGAUUGGACCUGACCUCCAACCGCUUGCAGAAGCUACCCCCGGACCCCAUCUUUGCACGCGCCCAGGACUCCAUGAUGCUGACCACGCCCUAUGCACCCCAACUGUCCCUGAGUCUAGGCGGCAACCCGUUGCACUGCAAUUGCGAGAUGCUGUGGCUGAGGAGGCUCGAGCGAGACGACGACCUGGAGACGUGCGCCUCCCCGUCGGCUCUGAAGGGUCGUUACUUUUGGAACGUGAACGAGGAGGAGUUUUUGUGUCAGCCGCCUCUCAUCACUCAGCACACCCACAGGAUGCUGGUCUUGGAGGGCCAGACGGCGGGCCUCAGGUGCGAAGCGACUGGAGACCCUUUGCCUACCAUCCACUGGAUCUCCCCCGAGGAUCAGCUGCUCGGCAACUCCUCCCGGACCACGGUGUACCGAAACGGAUCCCUGUGCAUCACCAUCACCACCUCCAAGGACUACGGCACCUUCACCUGCAUUGCCGCCAACGUGGCCGGGGAGUCCACCGCCUCCGUGGAGGUGUCCAUCGUUCAGCUGCCCCACCUCAGCAACGGCACCGGGCAGCAGCCGGCGCCGCCGAAGUCACGCCUCUCCGACAUCACAGGGACCACCAGGAUCAGCAAAGGCGCUCCCAAGAGCCAACCGGAGAGGAUCGUGACCGCCUCCGAAGUGACGGCGGUUUCGGCCCUGGUCAAGUGGACCGUGAGCAAAUCCUCCCCCAAGGUGAAGAUGUACCAGCUCCAGUACAACUGCUCCGAUGACGAGGUUCUCAUUUACAGGAUGAUCCCGGCCUCCAGCAAAGCCUUCCUGGUGACCAAUCUGGUGUCGGGCACCCGCUACGACCUGUGCGUGCUGGCCGCCUGGGACGACACGGCCACCACGCUCACGGCCACCAACGUCGUGGGCUGCACCCAUUUCUUCACCCAGGACGACUACCCUCAGUGCCAGUCUCUGCCCAGCCAGCUGCUGGGAGGCACCAUGAUCCUGGUGGUGGGGGGCAUCAUCGUGGCCACCCUGCUGGUCUUCAUCGUCAUCCUCAUGCUGCGCUACAAAACGGCCGACGCGGAAACCCCGGCGGCGGCGGCGGCGGGCAAACUGACCAGCGUCAGUGACACUCACUCCCAGACCAACGGGGGGCGGAUCGGGCAAAACGGGCUCCUCGUGCCCCCGUCUCAGCCCGAGCCCAAGGUCAAGGCCAAGGUGGCCCUGAAGGACGAGGUGGUGGAGUUCAAGUGCGGCUCCCUCCAGAGCAGCCUCACCUCGUCCUCCUCGUCGUCGGGCUCCACGGCGGGGGAACCGUACAGCCCCAACAGCACACUUGCAAACAUUUGGAGGUCGGCUCCCUCCAAGCCUCGGUCCAACCUGGACCACCUGCUCGGGGCCUUCACCUCGCUGGAGCUGCGGGGGGUGGUGCAGGGCCGCGACCCGGGGGCCGCCGGUAGCGCCGCGGCGGCGUCAGGGAAGCCCCGCACGGACCGGGAGCCGCUGCUGGGCCGGACGCUGGACUCCAGCCUCAGCCGGCUCCUCAUGCUCCCGCUGGACUCCAAGCCCAAGAGGAGCCAGUCCUUCGACAUGGGGGACGUGACGGGCUCCGGCGCCGCUCGGCUGUGCAACAAAUCGCGCCGCAUCAGCAGCAUCUGGACUAAGAGGAGCCUGUCCGUGAACGGCAUUCUGCUGCAGUGCGAGGAGGAGGAGGGGGACACGGGGGGGAGCAAGGCCACGAUAGACAGCGCCGACUGGGUGAUGGAGAGUACCGUCUAG